AUGGCCAAAUCAGCAUCACCAGAUCUCUUGAAGAGGGCCUUAGGGGAUAGUGCGAAUGCACCAAUAGGUACUAUAAGAGAUACCCAUCUUCGAAAUGACAAAACUAUAGAACAAGAUUCCAUUCCGGAAUUUCGACAUUGGAAAGACAUGGGAUCAUAUCUUGAUACAUUGAAGCCUGUCCGUAUUGAUGAAGACGAAAUUGAUAAUACCAGUGUUUUUCGUGGCGAUGAAUACGCCACAGAUAACAAAAAUCCGUUAUCUGAGCCUAUCAAAUAUCGUGUAUGUAAUUUAUGUGAAACUGCACUUCUAAAUGACCACAUGGCUGAACACAUAGAAGAAUGCCAGAGGAGAGCCAAACCGAAAGAUGUGAAAAUGGAUGACCAUGAUCCUGAAAAAACCAAUGGGAAACCUAGUAGCCCAGUGAAACAAAAUGGAAACACUAAGAAGAUUACCAAGAAAAGAAAAAAUGAAUCAUUAGAUGACGACCAAGUGGUCAGUCAAUCACAAGAGUCACAAUCAGUAACUUCUUCUGUUGGAUCUGCAGAACCUCAGAAGAAAAAAGCCAAAACCACGACGAAGAAAAAGGAGUCAAAACCAAAGGCAACAAAGGUAAAAGUAAAAGGCCCUGUUGAUGUUGAGCGUCAAUGUGGUGUUCCUUUACCGAAUGGAGGGUUCUGUGCGAGGUCACUUACAUGUAAAACACAUUCAAUGGGAGCCAAGCGUGCUGUUCAAGGGCGAUCUGCUCCUUAUGAUCAGUUGUUAGCUGCCUACCAGCGGAAGAAUCAAGCUAAGAUAGGAGCUGCUGCUGCCGCCGCCCAACAAGCAAAAGAAGAUGCAAUGCAUGGGGCCGGAGUAGCAUUGGAUGACGAGGAAGAAACCAGGCAAGUGUUGUCAGGUGUUAGGAGAAGCGUCCCGAUGCCCCUGGAAAGAGCUGUUUGCAUUCCAACGAACAUGCGAAUUGGGUAUUUAAGGAUGCGAGAAAUGUUUGCCACUAAUUUACUACCAAGAUUGCCCAACAAUCCUUUAGGGAAGAUGUAUGCACGUGCAGCUGUUAUGAAUGUCGAGAAUAUAGGAGAAAGUUCAUACUUUCCUGUUCGGUCUCAGCAUCAAAAGAACAACCAACAACGACAGGCGAUGAAAAUUAACCAGGUUCAGUUACAAAUGCAAAAGCAAUCGCAGGUCCACAGUAACUCUCAUGGAGCGAUACAGGGGCAUAGACCGAAUGGUAUUAAUUUGGCAAUGCUAACUCCACAACAAAGGCAACAAUUAUUUCUUCGGCAGCAGCAGCAGCAACAACAACAACAACAACAACAACAACAACAACAACAACAGCAGCAACAGCAGCAACAGCAGCAGCAAAAACCUUGA